CUCAACUUCCAGCCGCGUCCUCUCUCCCACCGCCUCGCUAUCUCCAUCCCAGUGCGAGCGGCCGCCCCUCGGACAAUGGACAAAAUCAGCACCACCGCAUGCAGAGUCACUCCUCCCCAGCCGCGCAGCCCCCAAUCUGCCUCUCCGCUCCAGCCGCUCGACGUCUCCCACACGCUGCCUAUCCCCAAGGGGGUCAAGGUAUUCGUCAACAUCGCCUACGACCCCAACAGAGCCAUGCUCGGCGAGGACGUCCUCGACGCCGACAACGCACAGGGCUGGUUCGUCCCCGUCGUCGUCUCCGAGCCGCGCCAGGACACAGACAAAGCUGGCAAACCCUCCGUCGUCUUCGACUGCAUCUACCACUCCUCCCUCAAGCCCCGCGCCCUCAAAGACCAGCCUUCAAGACCUUUCUCAUCGCGCAUCGAAGCAUCCCGCGUCCCUCUUUCCCCCGGGCACCCCGCGCUCGCCUCCGCGCCCCGCGCGCCCACGAAGAAGCUCGUCGAGGAGCUCGCGGGCGCCCAACGUCAACAAACCCAAGGGGAUACUCAAGAAGGCAGCGGUGACGUGCAGGACGCCGGCACAGCGAGCGCUCUGUCGUGGUCCAAGAACGCGCUCACAGAAGGCCUGCAAAUCUUUCUCGCGGUCCCGAUCCUCCGUCUCUCAACCACCUCUGCCGAGCAAGCCCUCGUACUGAAGCGCCAGCGCGACCUCGACUGGCGCGUCGCGGAGGGCCGCCUAAUCGUCCACGUCUAGGAAUCCGCCUCGGGUCGGGAUCGGAGGUUGAUAUUGUCUGCUGUCGGACGUCGGUGUCUGACAGCGACAGCGGGUGAACAUACCCGUCUUGUCUCCAUGGGCCACCGCACGUUUCGGUCGGUAGGUUUGAGCAGCGUCGACCGCGUCUUCGGAAGUUCUGCGCUAGGUACAACCCCCACCCGCAUGUAGGCCGUGUGGGAGAGAACGUGCAUGUGGCGUGUGGCGGCUAUGCGAUCCUAGUUGCAGGGCGUUCCUGAGGUAGGCUGUAACGGGUAAGGAGGCUCGGAGAAGGGGAGAUCGAAGUCAAUCGAAGUAACUUACAUAGCUGGGCCGCCUGCACAUCACGCAAGGAAUCGAUACGCAUCGUCUCGUUGAUAAGAGUCGUCGUGCACA